CGCCCAAAAGACCUCAUCACAUCACCCUAAGUCAGAUUUGUGAUUCCUACACAUUACGAUGGCAGAAGUCCUUGGAGGUGUCAGCGCUGCGGCGUCCUUGGCUCAGCAGUCUUUCUUAUUGCUAGAUCGUGUUCAGAAAACCCUAGACCACCGGAAGAAUUACUCCAUGCAUCUCAGUACCGUGAUGCGUGAUGUCGAGAGCGCCAAGGCCAUAGUUGAACGAAUCCAGAAAAGUCCUUUUCUGCAGACAGACGAUCUGGCGGCUUAUAUAGAUGAGCUCAUGCGCAUCUCCAAAGACAUCGACAGUCUCGUCGCCACCCAAGAGGAGCUGACCCAAAGGGGCCGUGGGUUCCGGCUGUUCGUUCAUGACUUUAUGAAGGGGCCUACUGAGCAGCAGCAGCUCGAGACUUUCAGGGACAGCCUGGUUGCAUCGAAGAACACCUUGACACUUGCCAUUGUAGUCGGUCUCGCCCCUGCCGGCACGACCCUAUCUAUCACGAAUACCAAGCUCUCGGGUAUGGCAUACAUGCAGAACAGUCGCAUCAUAAGGGAUAAAUCUGACAAGGAUUGGGAUAACAUCAUUGUCAAGGAUGUUGUACAAGAGGGAAGUUCGCUUAUGAUGAACUCCUCGCUGACUCCCAAUCAGCUUGACAAGCUUACCAGCGAUCACGACAAGCGGAUGAAACUGGAAGUGUUAGCCAGCCUUCUUAGAGACCCAAAUGUUCCAGCAGAGAUAAAGCAGGGCAUCUCUACUGCGAUAACAAGCUUUUGA